AUGUACGACCUGGUACGGAGGACGUUUCAGGCGGCGGCGGUGUGCCUGCCGCCGGUGCUCUUUUUCGUCGACGCGCCAUUUGGGCGGUUUGCGAUCGACUCGGCGUGGAACUGGAACGGCAAUGCGUCGUGGAUGACGAUGGAGCUCGUCGCGCCGAUCACCGCGACGUACUUUGCAUGGCCGCAUUGCAACGCGAUGCUCGCACUGUACGUGCUGCACUAUAUCAACCGUGCCAUCGUGCAGCCGCUGCGCAGCCCGACACGCUCGCCGCUGCAUGCCGUGGUCGUCGUCUGCGCAGUGUUCUUUAACGCCAUGAAUGGGUUCUUGCUCGGAACGUGGCUACGGGGCGAGGGCCAGGUCGUAAAGGCGCCGUUUGCAGGCGCCUACACGCUGGGCCUCGCCGUCUUUGCCGCGGGGCUCGCGGGGAAUAUCUGGCACGACAAUGUGCUCGUGCAGCUGCGGCGCACGCCGUCAGGGCCGCACGUCCAGACAUCCACAUCGCACUACCGCAUACCUUACGGAGGACUGUACACGUGGAUCAGCUACCCCAACUAUCUCUGCGAAUGGAUCGAGUGGAGCGGUUGGGCGCUCAGCUGCCUGAGCAGCAUUCCGCACGACAAUGCGGGCCUUUUCUCGCAGCCGCCAGUCCUCUUUGUCGUGCUCGAAAUAGCCGUCAUGCUCCCGCGCGCCGUGCGGGGACACCGCUGGUACCGCGCGCAGUUUGGCGUCGCGCCGCACGGCACGUACCCCGCACGCCGCCGCGCCGUCCUGCCGGGCGUUUCGGGGCUCAAGUACUCUGGCAAUCUCCAGCUGGAGCAUUUGCACUCGCGGUAUACCGGUACAAUCCACCCCGACAUCUCGCGGCAUCAAUGGCUCUCGCACCAGCACCGUGAUACGUCGACGACCAUUAUCGGGAACGGCGCGCUGACGUCCUACCUGUCGCUGGCCGACGGGAACACCAAGGCACGCACGCGCUUUGAGCAGUGCGAGCGCAUGCUCCAGCCGUGCGGCCCGCCACCGCAAAAGCAGCGCGACGAGUAA